GCUGCUGAGCGGACGUGUUCGGAUCAGCUAAAAUUGAAUAAAUAAAUUUUGGAAGUGGGAUAAAAAUUCUAGUGUAAAUAGUUUGGUUUAUAUCACAAAAUUCCUAGUCUAACUAAAAUUUCGUUUAACCUUUGUGCGUGUGUUGUCUCUACUCUACGUUCUCAUGUGUGCGUUGUGCAACUAACGGUAAAGUGUAUCGUCUCAUGAAAACAUGCAAGUCCUUUGCGAAUAGUGCGCGUAAGAAUUUCUGUCGUUGGUGUUAUUGCAAAAAAAAAUUACGUUACACCAAUACAUUAAAAAAAUGCCUGUGACAUUACUUGCAUAAAAAGAAAAAAAAAAAAAACAAAAUUGCUGCCCCAGCAAAGGAAUUUUCUCUGUUUCUGGUGCAAAAUAAAAGUGCCAUCUACGUCACAAAGUUGUGCUACGCGCACUCACUAGUGUGAGUGAGACAGCCUGUGCGUGGUUGUGGAGCACCCCCGGAAAUGUAACGCACACAUACGCGCGCACAGGGGCACGAAAAAGAACAACUUGCACCUGAACCAAAGUUUAUGUGCGUCGGUCGCGAGUCUGCAGCCGUGAGUGAGGCGUCGUGCUGAAUCGUGUCUGGUGCAACAAAAGACGACGGCAAUUUCUGAAACAAUAAGGCGAAGGUGACGCCAACACAAGUGCAGCCAUAUAAUCUUGGUGCGGGCGCCGAACAGACAACUGACAACACACACACACACACAACAUACGGGCCAUGGACUCGCUCAAAUUACCAAAGGCGAACAGUGCCACCAACAGUGCCACUGGUAGUAACAGCAAUCUAUCGUGUCCAGUGUCCGGGGUUGCCGUUUCUGGUAACAGCGCAGCCGCAUCGCCCACAACAACAAAGCCACCUCCAGGCAUGAGCAGCACUCCAAUAGCCGUGCGCUUCAACGCCAACGAGGAGUCAUUGGAUGACAUACUGCAAUCGUUCCAUCAGAACAAGCACAGUCCAAGCGGCGGGAUCGUCAUGGGUGGAGGCGGCGGUGGCGGCGAUGCAUCGCCUACAUUGCUGGGGAGCGCAAAUUGUAUGAAGAAUAACGGUAGCAUGGCCGCAUCAUUGGGCCUCAAUGCACACGGAAUGGGUGGCAUGGGUGGCCCCGGCAAUGCAUGUGAUUCGCUAUCGAGCAGUCCUUCGCAGCACCAACAGCUUCAGCACCAUCAGCAGCAACAACAGCAGCAUCAGCAACAGCAGGCAGCCGCGCUUUUCGGUCAAAACGAGGAUGUAGUGCGCAAUAAUUUUCUGCCAAGCGGCUUCUUCAAUCGCAAAAGUUGUGGCGGACUGCCGCCGAAUCUAAAUCUCAACAAGCCGCCGCCGCAGCAGCUACAACAACAACAACAACAACAACAGCAACAGUUAUCCCCCAAUCUGAGCGCCCUACACCAGCAACAGCGUGACGGCGGCGGGCCACACAGCCCCUCAUCUCCAGGAGGUGGUGGCUCUCCAUAUAAUGGCUCACAGGCGGGUUGCAGCAGUGGUGGCAUAUCACCCAUACCCCAAAUGUCCGGUGUAUCGCCCAAGUACAGACGCAGCAUAUCGUUUCCCGUCAAGGGUAACUCCCCCACUGCUAUGUAUGGUGGAGUCUGUGGCGGUGGACCAACGCAUAUGGAUGCCAUGGGAAUCGGAGGUGGUGGUGGAGGGCCACACAUGAACAUACCCACGCUCUCGAUUGGCAACGGUGGCGCUAACAUUAUGGGAACGGCAGGUGCCACUGGUGGUGGUGACGCACCCUAUUUAGGAUCCAAUUAUGGAAAUAUGAUGGGCGGCGGUGGUGGCGGUGGCAGUGGUGCAUUAAACGGACAAAUGCAUCAUGGUGGCGCCGGAAUGGGCGGAAUGGACAACACACUGUGUGAUUACAUGCGCGGCAUGUCGCUGGGAGGAGGUGGUGGCGGUGACAAUAUGGUUGGCAUGAUGGGAGAUCGCAUGCGCGGCGGAAUGGGUGGUAACCCUGUUGGCGGCUCCAAGCACCUGAGCGAAGUUGAUGCCAUGGCCAUUGCAGCCGGCAAUGAUCCUUCAUUAUAUUUGAAUGCGCUCAAGAUGGGAUCACCAUCGCGUCUGUCGCCGCACUCACCACACUCGCCUAUUCAAGGUGGCAAUGGAGGAGGCGCAGGCGAUGGUACAGCCCGAUUCUCACGCAAGGUUUUUGUUGGUGGUUUGCCGCCGGACAUCGAUGAGGAUGAGAUCACAACCUCGUUUCGACGUUUCGGACCUCUGGUUGUGGAUUGGCCCCAUAAAGCCGAAUCGAAAUCAUAUUUUCCACCCAAGGGCUAUGCGUUUUUGCUGUUCCAGGACGAGAGCAGUGUCCAGCAGCUAAUUGACUCCUGCAUAACCGACGAGGACAAGCUAUAUCUAUGUGUGUCGUCACCAACGAUCAAGGACAAGGCCGUCCAGAUACGCCCCUGGCGUCUAGCCGAUGCGGACUAUGUGCUGGAUGCGACAAUGUCGCUAGAUCCGCGCAAAACCGUCUUUGUGGGCGGCGUGCCUCGACCUCUGAAAGCGUUCGAGCUAGCCAUGAUCAUGGAUCGUUUGUAUGGCGGUGUGUGCUAUGCUGGCAUUGACACAGAUCCCGAACUCAAGUAUCCCAAGGGGGCCGGACGCGUUGCCUUCUCCAAUCAGCAGAGCUAUAUAGCGGCCAUAUCGGCGCGAUUUGUCCAACUGCAGCAUGGUGACAUCGAUAAGCGUGUUGAGGUCAAGCCCUAUGUCCUGGACGAUCAAAUGUGCGAUGAGUGCGAGGGUCAGCGAUGUGGCGGUAAGUUUGCGCCUUUUUUCUGCGCCAACGUGACCUGCUUACAGUACUAUUGUGAGCAUUGUUGGGCCGUGAUCCAUUCGCGGCCUGGACGCGAAUAUCACAAGCCGCUGGUGAAGGAGGGCGCCGAUCGGCCGCGUGCGGUGCCUUUUCGCUGGUGUUAACGGCGGCGCUGGUAGGCCGCGCUGCACGACGAAAGACGCCAACAGAGAGAAGAACGACAUCGGUUAUUAGACGCAGCGCUGGCAGUGCCCAAAAUUACAACAACACAGGCGGAUAAGGAGUCGGAGAGCGAAGUGAUCGUGGCCUAUCACAAUGGCGGCGGCGGACGACGAGCACAGAAGAAACGAGAAUAGUAGAGCGAUAAGACAUAUUGACGCGAAAGACAAAAAGACACACGCCGGCAAGUAGAAGAGAGACAACACGACGAUGCUGGGAUGGACAACAAUAACAGCAAACAACACCAAGGUGCAAUAUAGCGUCUCGGGAUCAGUUUAGGUUAUACAUGUAUGUAUGUACUAGGAACGAAACCUAACUGAGCCCCAGGCCUACAUAAAGCUAAGAGAGUCUAGAGCCACUGAGGCGAAUGUUCUUGUACCACUCGCCCACAAAAAGCUAAAUAGGUUUAGUUAAUUUAUUUCGGAAUCUGAGUUUUCUUUUAGGAAAAUCGCCUGCACAGUAUUUAUUUUUGUACUUUUGUUAACACUUAUUUUGAUAGUUGAUUUAUAAUUCAAUCUCUCUAUAGUUAUUGCCAUUUAUUACACACGAGAGAACACCAAAUAUUUGUAGUAACCAAAAAUCCUCGCAACACAUAAUUUAACACACUUGGCCAAUACCAAGCAUAAGAUUGAAAAUGAGCAGCGGACAACCUUUUCAAUUGAGAGUGUGCUGCUAUAUAUAUGUAUAUAGAGUAGAACUUCCCUAAUGUUCCUAUUUGCAGAAUAGGUGAAAAUGUAACAGACACCAAAUUUUUAUUUAAACAAAACAUAAUUUGAUAAUUUAGCUUAACUAACUAACACAAAUAGGAAUAAUGAUUGAUGAUAUAUACUAUUUAGUGCCGCAUUGCCUGCGUUUCUGCAUAACGUUCUUUUUUCCCGCAGAGGAAAAAAGGACGUUAUAUACACAUAAUACGACAAUUGCUUGUUUAUUCACCCGUAGUUGCACCACACCUCUGGUAAUAUAUAUUGACUAGGAGAGUGCCAUUUCAAAUCAGAGAUAAACUCAAAAUGUAAUGAUUUGGUUUGAUUUGAAUCAAAUCCUCUUUCCACACAAUGGAAUAUUCAAUUUCCAUAUAAUGAUUAAGUAAUUUUCGCUACUCAAAUCGUAUAUGUUUCUUUAUUCGCGCUCUGUGUAAUAAACGUAUACGAUUUCUGCAAGAUAUCCUAUGAUAUCCUCCAGUUGUUAAGACACAACACUACACAUGAGAAUCGGACCGUGUGAAAAUCGUACGAGCAAACAAAAAAACACAUUCGAUUUGAAAAGAGGAACCUCUCAAAUCGAUCCCACCUCUCUGUACACGAACUGCCAACAUGCAUGCCUAUUACACCUAAUUACUUCUCAACAUAGAAUAAACAAAUCAGCUAAAAUAAUGGACUACUCAAAGCUAUUUAGCCCCUUGAUUAUGGCUCCACUGAACGGAGCCCGCAACAUUUUUCUAAAACACUGUAUAAUUUGAUUAACACAUUGACGUACGACUUGGCCAAGAUACGGCCAGAGGUGCAUCGAUAGGCACCGCCUCUAAGUGUUCUACUUUUGAGUGAACACAUGACCGACCCGACCCGACCGACCCUUUUGGUUAAAUAGGCACUGAAUAUGUCCUUUGCGACAUUCAGUGCAGCUGCAUAAAAACAUAUAUAUAAUAAUAUAUAUCUACUACGCAUUUGAUUAUUUUAUAUCGAACGACGAAUUAAUAAGAAAACUAACAGUUGAUUAUUAUAAGCUUGUUGCUGGCUUCAAAAUCGAAAAAUGGAAAAUUUUCGAAAAAUUCGAUUAAGAAACUGCAAUUAAACAAACACACACACACACACAGAGUCCUCAAUUGAUAUUUAUCAUAAGAGGACUGAAUAUUUCACCAUUGAGUGACCUUUAAUAAUGGGUUUAAUGACCCAUCCCCAACACUAAGAUAUUUAUAUAAAUAUAUAUUAGAAAUAUAAAGAAAUAUUCUUCUAUUGCUUGUCGUCCAAAGACUAUUAUUAAUUGUUCAGACUAAAAAGUGCUAUACUAAUACAUAAUAUGCAAUAAUUUAUUGCGCAUGCCUGGCAGUUCUACGUGACAGCGAGGUUAAUUUUGAAACAAUUUACACUACGAUUUUCACGUGCUCCUCCUCUAAUAAUGUUGUUAUUUGAAUCGAGUGAAGCCCAACUUCCACUUUAGACCAUAUUUUAUGUUAACGAUUAGACGAUUUAGACUAGAUUGCACACUCUACGAAAUGGCGGCGGUCGUCUGCGAAGAGUGCAGGCGUUGAACGGCUCAUUUUUAAUUUUAUAUACACUUUAGGAAACAUACAAGUAAAUGUAUAUGUUUCUCACACACCGCUCAAUGCGGGCGGAAUUGAACACGAAAUACCAAUCAAAUAAAAAUAUAAUUAUACACAUAUACUUGUACAAUGUGCACACCGAAGUCACACCAUAUACACUAUAAAUGUAUAAACACUGAUCAUUAUUUGUUGUUCAAUACACACGAAAGGCAUUUGCGUUGAAAUAAAAAUAUGUUAUGUUAUUGUUUAAAAUAUGCGAAAUUCAAA